AUGGAGCUGCGCGUCGGAGGCAAGUUCUGUCUGGGCCGCAAGAUCGGCUCGGGGUCAUUCGGAGAUAUCUACAUCGGCACCAAUGUGACGACCGGUGAGGAGGUUGCCAUCAAGCUUGAGUCGAUCAAGUCUACUAUGCACCCGCAGUUGCUCUUCGAGUCGAAGUUGUAUAAGAACCUCGCGGGCGGCGUCGGCGUCCCGAACGUGCAUUGGUGCGGCAAGGAGGGCGACUACAACCAAAAAGGCAAGAACUUGACAGGCACUGCCAGGUACGCGAGCGUGAACACGCACCUCGGCAUCGAGCAGAGCAGGCGUGACGACCUGGAGGCGGCCAUCUCCAAGAAGGAGAAGUACGAGAAGAUCAUGGAUAAGAAGAUGUCUACACCGAUCGAGGUCUUGUGCAAACACUUUCCCGCCGAGUUCGUGACGUACCUCAACUACUGCCGCAGCCUGCGCUUCGAGGACCGCCCCGACUACGCCUACCUGCGCCGCCUUCUCAAAGACCUGUUCUUCCGCGAGGGCUAUCAGUACGAUUUC